AUGAAACAAGAGGACACCCAGCUUUUUUAAAAACCUUUAGAUAAGUAAAAGAAGCUACUAAUUAAGAAAAUAAUGAUAUGGGUCAGAUAAGGAUUCAAUUCAAGAAAUAUUGGGUUCCAUCCAUUCUUACUUUGUGCAUCAAUCAAGCCUGGAGCUUAAAAAAGACAUACUACACUUCAAAGCUAUCCCAACGCCGAGUUAUGGAGGUGUUUGAGUAAACUAAACCAAUAAGAUAUUAAAACAGAGAUAUAACAAGAGAUCCAGAGUAAGUUAGACGAUGUAAUAAAAAAUUAUGAUGUCUCAAUUAUAAAAGAGUUUAAGAUUAGAGUGAACAAUAAUUUUGAUUUUGCUUACCUAUAUAAAGAAACAGAAAAAAAGAAACCACAACAGAAUGAAAAUCUUGAAGUUCUUGAUUUUUAAAAUUUAAAUCAUCCUAAUCAAUAAGAAAGAGAUGAAAGUGAAUCUAAAUCCUUAGUUAAGCAAAUUUUAUUGUGUAACACUAAGCAAGGUUCAAUUGCAGAUUUUGAGAAUAGCCAUUACCACAAAUUGUCGUAGUUUCUAGAAAAAGUGAAGCCCUUUAUUAAUUAAUCUUCGAUUGAAUUAAAUCAAUUUUAUUAAGGCGUAUAAACUUUUCUAGAAUCUUAAUAAACGACUCCUUUAAAAAAAAUGAAAUUACAUCAAAUAGGAGAGGCUGAAUAAGAAGAAGAAAAAUAAGAUUAAAACAAUAUAAAAUUCCAAAAAUAGAAUUUAUAAGAAUAGUAAUAGAAGUAGAAUUUAAAUUUUGAAUAAGAAGAAUAAUUUAAUCAUUAAUCUCAAUAAUAAAGGAUGAAUAAAUUUAACAAAUCCCCAUAAUAACUCUUAGAUGAAUUAAAGUUAGAUGCUUUGAAAACAUAACCAGGGUUAUCAUUUUUCUUACCAAAUUAUGAUAAGAUGUCGCCUGAGGAAGCUGAAAAGGUCAGAGAAAUCGAAGCCAAUUAUUAUAAAGAGCUAUACUUUUUAAAAGUCCUACAACCACAAGAUUACAACCCAAAAUAGAUCUUACUAAUUUGGAGGCUUUAUUUUGAGCCAUAAUUUAAGAAGCCAAAUAACCUACUCUCACUAUAUUAAUAAUAAAAUAUCAUUAAAAAAGAAUGA